CAGAACUGAGAGGAGAUGCAGCGUGGACACGCGGGGGCUGGGGCUGGAUUUGGACGUGCAGUUGGAUGGGAAAAGUCACCGUGCAUUGUCCUGGUUUCUUGCAGGUUGACGAAGCCCUUGUCGUUUGCUGACUGUGUUGGGGAUGAGCUGCCGUGGGGCUGGGAAGCCGGGUUUGACCCCCAGAUUGGUGUCUACUACAUCGACCACAUCAACAAAACCACACAGAUUGAAGACCCCAGGAAGCAAUGGAGGGGGGAGCAGGAGAGGAUGCUCAAGGACUACCUCUCGGUGGCUCGGGACGCCCUGCGGACGCAGAAGGAGCUGUACCACGUGAAGGAGCAGAGGCUGGCCCUGGCCCUCGAUGAGUACGUGCGAUUGAACGACGCCUAUAAGGAGAAGUCCAGCUCCCACACGAGCUUGUUCUCAGGAUCCUCCUCGAGUACCAAGUACGACCCUGACAUUUUGAAGGCGGAGAUCUCCACCACGCGGCUGAGGGUUAAAAAGCUGAAGAGGGAACUCUCGCAGAUGAAGCAGGAGCUGUUCUAUAAGGAACAAGGCUUUGAGACCCUGCAGCAAAUUGAUAAAAAAAUGUCUGGAGGUCAGAGUGGCUAUGAGCUUAGCGAGGCCAAAGCCAUUCUCACGGAACUGAAAUCCAUCAGGAAGGCCAUCAGCUCCGGAGAGAAGGAGAAGCAGGACCUGAUGCAGAGUCUGGCUAAGCUGCAGGAGCGGUUCCACCUGGGCCAGGGCAUCGGCAGGUCGGAGCCAGACCUGAGGGCCAGUCCCGCGAACUCUCACCUCUCCCUCUCCAGACAGACCCUGGACGCCGGGUCCCAGACCAGCAUUUCCGGAGAGGUCGGCGUGAGAAGCAGGCCCAACUUAGCUGAAAAGGUCAGGCUGAGUCUACAGUACGAAGAAGCCAAAAGGAGCAUGGCCAACCUGAAGAUCGAGCUGUCGAAGCUGGACAGUGAGGCCUGGCCCGGGGCGCUGGAUGUUGAGAAGGAGAAGCUGAUGCUGAUUCACGAGAAGGAAGAGCUGCUGAAGGAGCUGCAGUUCGUCACUCCGCAGAAACGCACCCGCGACGAGCUGGAUGGUGCCCGGCCCCUGGGCUCGGUGCUCUCAGUGCACUGUGCCCGGUGGCUCUUCCUGUCCAGCCGUCAGGCACCCAUCCGCUGUCCCUCGAGUCCCGCGUCCCACAGCUCCUCCGGUCUAUUGAAACUGGAAGAGCGAAGGAAGGAGCUGCUCCAGAAACUCGAAGAAACGACCAAAUUAACUACUUACCUGCACUCAGAGCUGAAAAGCCUCUCCGCCAGCACCCUGUCCGUGUCGUCCGGGAGCAGCCUGGGCUCCCUGGCCUCCAGCCGGGGGUCCCUGAACACCUCCAGCAGGGGCUCGCUCAACUCCCUCAGCUCCAGCGAGCUCUACUACACCAGCCCGGGUGACCAGCUCGACGCCGACUAUCAGUACAAACUGGACUUCCUCCUGCAAGAAAAGGGCGGUUACGUCCCUUCUGGGCCCAUCACCACCAUCCAUGAGAACGAAGUGGUCAAGUCCCCCAGCCAGCCCGGCCAGAGCGGUCCCUGCGGGGCGGCCGCCGUGGGCCCCGCACCCCCGCUGGCCGAGGCCCCCAAGUCUGUGACGUCCCUGUCCUCGCGGUCCUCCCUGUCCUCCUUGUCCCCUCCCGGCUCCCCCCUGGUGCUGGAAGGCACCUUCCCCAUGUUGUCCCACGACGCCCCUCUCCACCGGUUCACCACCGACUUUGACGACUGCGACGUGAGCAGCCACUUCGCAGACAUGGGCCUCGGCGACAGCCAGACCCUGCUGGACGCCGACGCGGGAGGCGCGCCCCAGGCCCUGUUAGAGGACAAAGACCUGCGCGAAGGCGCCAGGGAGCCCUUCUACGAAGGCGCCACAGACGUGGAAAAGGCACCCAAGAGGAGAGGCGCGCACUUGCUCGGGGAGAGGACCGCGUGCGUGUCGGCGGCCGUGUCGGACGAGUCGGUGGCGGGAGACAGCGGCGUCUACGAAGGCUUCGUGAAGCAACCCAGUGAAGUGGGAGACGUUGCCUACGGUGAAGAGGAUGCUGGCGUCGUCAUGGAGACGGCGCAGGUGCAGAUCGGGCUCAGAUACGAUGCGAAAAGGGCCAGUUUCAUGGUGAUUAUAGCACAACUCCGGAAUCUCCAUGCCUUCCUGAUACCUCAUACUUCAAAAGUGUAUUUCAGGGUUGCUCUGCUCCCCUCCUCCACGGACGUCAGCUGUCUGUUUCGAACAAAGGUGCACCCGGCCACGGAACCCCUUCUGUUCAGCGACAUGUUCCGAGUGGCCAUCUCGCAGGCGGCCUUGCAGCAGAAGACGCUGCGCGUGGACCUGUGCUGCGCCCGCGCACACCGCGCGGAAGAGUGCCUGGCUGGAACUCAGAUCAGUCUGGCCGACUUGCCGUUUUCCAAUGAGAUUUUCACUCUGUGGUAUAAUCUGCUUCCUUCUAAGCAAAUGCCCUCUAAAACAAAUGAAGAAGAACACGAGGAUUCAGUAUUCCAACCAAACCAGCCAUUGGUGGAGCCCAUAGACCUGGAUGCAGUGUCAGCCUUACUCGCAAGAACAUCGGCGGAACUGCUGGCCGUGGAACAAGAAUUAGCACAAGAAGGAGAAGAACCGGGGCCAGGAGAGGAGCAAAGGGGCCCAGAUGGAGACUGGUUGGCGAUGCUGAGAGAGGCCUCUGACGAAGUGGUGGCUGAGGAAGAGGCCGAGGUGGCGUUGCCCGGGGGCAGCCGGCGAAUGGGAGACCUAAGCUCGUGCCCGAGUGUGCCCGAGACAGCUGAAGACACGAGGAGGGGAGGAAACAUCUGUGCCAGCAGCCCUGGCAGCCAGCCCCCUCUGGGAAUGCCCACCCUGGUUGAUAAGGAGACCAACACAGAGGAGGCCGAGGACGCUGGCCUGGCCGUUCGGCCCAAAGAGCGCAGCGGGCUGAGCGUGCGGCAGCGCCCCCUGGUGAGGAGCAGCGUGAUCGUGCGCUCGCAGACCUUCUCGCCGGGGGAGCGCAGCCAGUACAUCUGCCGGUUAAAUCGCAGUGACAGUGACAGCUCAACUCUGGCUAAAAAGUCUCUGUUUGUGAGAAACUCCACCGAACGGCGCAGUUUGAGGGUCAAAAGGGCGGUUUGCCAGCCCGUCCUCCGAAGAGCGGCCCAGGAGUGCCCGGUGCGCACGUCCCUGGACCUGGAGCUGGACCUGCAGGCCUCGCUCACCCGCCAGAGCCGCCUCAACGACGAGCUGCAGGCACUGCGGGACCUGCGGCAGAGGCUGGAGGAGCUGAAGGCCCAGGGCCAGACGGACCUCCCGCCCGGCGUGCUGGAGGACGACCGGUUCCAGAGGCUGCUGCGCGAGGCCGAGAAGCAGGCUGAGCAGUCCAAAGAGGAGCAGAAGCAAGACCUGAACGCGGAGAAACUGCUGAGGCAGGUCUCCAAGGACGUGUGUCGGCUGCGGGAGCAGAGCCGCAAGGUGCCUCGGCAGGUGCAGUCCUUCAGGGAGAAGAUCGCCUACUUCACCCGAGCGAAGAUAAGCAUCCCGUCGCUGCCGGCCGACGACGUGUGACACGUCCUGCAGACAUGAUGUCUCCCCGGCCCCUGAGGGAGGAAGAGACUGAGCCCUGGUCUGUGGGUGUGUCUGGGGGGAGGGUGUGUAACUGUCAACUCUUAAAGAGCUGUUAUUUCUCAUCAGAAUUCCGACAUGCUAAUUUGUUAAGUACUUGGAAUAUAAUUCUUAUAUAAAAAAGUAAGAAAAAUCAGGUAACAAGCGGGCUAGUCUGGUACCAGAUGUUGUGCAGCAGGAGUGGGUUGUAUACAGGGAGCCGGGCGGAGCCAGGGCUGACCUGGCGAACCGGCCGAGGCGGCUCUUGCUCUUCCCGGUUUUCCUGCGAAGGCCGGAAGCUGGCCCGAGCGCCCGCGGUGUCUUGUCCUCGAGAGCAGCAAGUUCAACGUGAAUGAGCUUCGGAGCGGAGCGCCAGGGCCGCCUGCAGCAGGUGCUGUGUUCACCUCCGUCACCUGUUGGACACCCGUUUCCUUAGAGCAGUUUCUUUUUUGUCUUUGUUUGUUUGUUUGUCUAAAGAAAACAAAAUGCUGAGUUCAAGCACAUAGGAUGCAGACCUGGGAGCAGGCUCCUGGCUGCACGGAAGGCCUCACAGCCUCUGACCCCGAGGGCAGGGGAGGUGCCUGCAGCCACGGAAACACGCUCCCCUGCCCCACAGGCUGUGGGGGCGGUCAGGUGUGAGUCCGGCUCGUCCGGGGCGUGGGAUGGUGUCAGUAGAGGAAGGUGGUGGCCCUCGUCCUAAGGACAGAACUGAAGGCGGGGAGGGAAACCCAUCGGCAUCCGUGUGGUGAAACCAGGAGCAGAGGAAAGGGUAUCCUGAUUGAACCAAAGGUGCCAAAACACACACAAAGAACUUAAGUCCUUUCUUAAACAGGUUUGUAACAUUUCGUGGCAGCUCCUUGCAGCCGCAGUGAGGGGAUCCUGUCUCUCUGGGAGGAGCUGGGAGGCAAGGAGAAGAGAGUGCCUGGGAGACUGGACUUGCAACGCUGGCUAAGCCAUCUGUCUCGAACAGAGCCGUUGCGGAUGGACGCUUAGAGCUGUUGACACGUCCCUGCAGCGUCUCCCAGCGCAGAGUUCCAGCUGCCCCAGCCCAGGCCUCCCUAGAAGGAACAAAACCCCAGUGCAGCCCACCAGCAUGUAGGCGUUUAAAUCGUUCUAUGCAAUUUAAUACUCAGUUUGUAAUACUGGAAGAGGCCAUUUUUGACCAGCCAUCUUUUAUAGCAAACUAAAUCCUUUUUUUUAGAGAUGCAAAAAUCAUCUUAAAGGAAUAGGCCCCUUUAAACACACACUCACACACACACACACACACACACAAGUUCUGUUUCUAAGCAAGAAUCCUCAAUAGCAAGAAUUUUUAUUUUCUUGAAAGCAGUUACACAUAUUUCAGAAAGUGAAUUUUAUCAGAAUCAAAAUUCAAAUGAAGCAGUUUCUGAGCCUUGAACUUGAUUGUUUCCUGAGUGUCCCACCACUUACAUACAAAUGUCUUUGAAGCUAUAACUGGACGUGACACUAUGAGCAAAAACCAGCUUUAUGAAUUGACCACAUACAGUCCUUCGGGUCUGCCCAGUCCAUUCUCUCAGCCAGUUGAGGAAAACUACAGAAGAAUGCCAUCCAUCCUUGUCAAGGUCAAAUGUGAAAGAGAAGUUUAUUUAAUGUAGAGAUAAAUGAAGGUCAGCUGUUUUCAGCUUCUUAGUUUGACCAUGAAAAUGUUUAUAGAAUUAUGUGUAGUUGUACCGUACGAUUUUAUUUUCUUCACUUAUUUAUUUACGGUCUUAUUUAUGUUCUGUUUAAUAUAUAGUUCGGUUCUGGCCAUUGAAAAUGUUUGACAUAGAAGAAGCUAUAUUGGAAUAUUUACAGCUUUAUAAAUCACCAGAUCAGCUGUUAACUUUUUGCAAUACAGAAAGUUUCAGACGAGUAUAAGCAAAUAAAAUCUGUCUCCGGCUGGUAGGUAGCAGUUGUGACCAAGAAGCUUUCACUUUUAUUUUACAAAAUUUGCUUAUUUCUAACACAAGAGAUAAACUUAUUUUAAUAUAAUCCUGUUCCACACUUUAAAAAUCAGCCAUAGUGUAAUACAUUUAUAGGAAGCUUUUAACAAUCCUGUCACAUUUGUACUAACCCAAAUGACUCACAGGGACACAUUUUAAUAACUUGAUCACAAAACCAUAUGGACAAUAUGAAUUUUAAUACUAUAAAUGCUAUUUUUUAAAGGUAGAAUUUAUUCUGCACAGGGUAAAAAGAAUGUAAUAUUUAGUUCUCAAGUUUGAAUUAUCAACAUGUUACUACAGUUUUGUAUAUCAGAAUCUAAGUGUUACAGGUACAAAAGCAUACUGCUAGCCAAAUGAACAAAGUUUAGCUGAAUCUCUGUCGCAUACAAAUCAAAAAAAUUUAAAGUCCUUUUUUUUUGCUAUUACUUUAUAUUGUAUUAAAUAUCAAAAGCUCAGGACUGAACUAAAUAUUUAAUCAGGUUAAAUUCUGAAUAUGUUUCUGUUUUAAUUUGUCUUGUUUGUAAAAGUGUGCAAAUAUAUCACAUAGAUUAACUGGUUUCUGCACUUUUCAUGUAUUUGUGGGUGGAAAAUAUUCAGUGGUUUUUGUUUUGUUUUUGUUUUUGUUUUUUCAACAAAGAUACAUAUUCCCUAA